AUGUCUAUUAGUUACAUACCCCGAGUAACACAGUUGGAUGCUGUACAACUAGAUAAUCAAGUUGAAGAACUAUUCAAACAGUUAUUUUUCCAAGCUACUAAAUUUAUUAAGCCUAGACUUCUACAGCCGGUGUUGCCUGAACUUGAGCUUCUGAUAAGAACAUGGAUUUUCAAGUAUUCAGUUGUAAAUCAAAAAAGCACUUUUGGCCAUCAAAUGCUAUCUCUGAAAUAUAGACCAGACAAUUUUGUUAAAAUCAUAGAUUUCAUGUUAGGGCUACAUUUGACUGCCGACAAUUUGACAAGGGAGGACCUCACCGAUUUUUCCUGGACCAGAGAGCUUCUAUGGCACAACUUCAUUGAGCUGAUCGGUACAACAAUAGCUUUGAUAAAUAUUUUUGGUUUGAAGAGAAAGCUGUCUAGUCUAUUGAAAUAUGUGUGGUGGCGUAAACACGUGAGAUCGAGUGUUGCUGGUAAUAAAGCUACUAUGACAAUAAACACUGUGUGUGCCUGCUGUGGCAAUAACCCAGUUCUGCCACAUACUAUGGGAUGCAGCCAUAUAUUUUGUUACUAUUGUUUAUCGGCCAAUAAGAUUGCAGAUCAAGAGUUUGCCUGUCCGAAAUGCUAUUAUAAUGGAAAAGAAAUUAAUAAGUUUGUAAUGACUUAA